AUGAUUGCAGAGAAUGACAUCAAAGAAGGAAUGAAGGGAAAGCGACUGACCAUCACAAAGGCAGAGGUGACAGCCACCUUCACGCAGGAAAAUUCGGAUUUGUGGAGUUGUUAUGACGAAGAACACAAUGAUGAUGAAACGGAUACAGAUUGUGGAGGAAGCUGUGCAAACAAGUGUGUGCUUUUGGAAAAGUGUGGAACGGAUGCAGACUGUGUGGAAGGUUUGUAUUGCACAAGAAAUAAGUGUAUUGACCGCAGUAAGCCUGGGUUGGUUGUGUCUGAAGAUUGGAAGCAAGUGUUCAUUGUGGCUGUGUGCAUCGUUGGUCUCAUUGUUGUGAUUGUGGUUGUUGUGAUUUUUGGUGGAAUGAUUUACCAAAAAAUAGCCAAAGCUUCUCGUCGUAAAUGGUUUGUUUGUUUCAAAAAACAAGGGAAACAGAAACAACAGUGUUGUUGUUUAAAGGUUUAUGCGACAUGA